AUGCGUUGGCAGGUCUUGAAUACAGUUGCGGCUUCGCUGCUCGCGGGCACGGCAACUGCCAGCUAUAUCCAUAGUCAGGGUCUUCCUGUCGAGAAGACUGUUACCCUUGCGAAUGGCCAGGUCAUUGACUGGGUCAAGCGAGAGAUGCAGGGAGAGGUUGCGACACCCCCGGCUUCUCUGAGCAACGACCAGUCUCUCGACAGCAUCAACCUCAGUAGCUUCAACGAGACUACGCGAGGUCCUGCCGGUACCGUGCCCAUUCCCCGCAGCGACGGCCGGCUUCCCCGAACCAAAGUCGGCGCUCCGCACAACAUCAACCGGCUCCAAGCCCGGCAGUACGCCGGCAAGCACUGGUACUCGGCCACGUCGCAGUCCGGCGACAGCCACGGGUCGUCUGCGGCGCUGAGCAUGUUCAAGGCGUACGUGGCCAACAAUGACGACUUUUCGCUACUGCAGACGGCCGUCGCGCGGCUCAACGUGCCCAGCAUCGGCACGCAGACGGUCGAGGCCGGCUGGAUCAACUACCCGCGGCAGACUGCGAACCCGCACCUCUUUACCUUUUUCACGACCAAUGCGUACCAGGGCUACGGCGACUACGUGUCGGGCUGGAACACCGAGUACCGCGGGUGGGUGCAGUACGACGCCGAGUACUACCCGGGCAUGGAGCUGUCGCCGCUGUCCGUCGUCGGCGGCGCGCAGCACGACCUGCAGGUGCAGUACCUGCUCGAGGCGGGCAACUGGUGGCUCGCCGUCGGCGGCCGCUGGGCGGGCUACUACCCGGCCGGCAUGUUUGUGACGCGCGGCAACGGCGCGGCGUCGACGCUGGCGGAUCACGCAGACUCGGUGGACUGGUACGGCGAGAUUUAUCAGAGCGAGGGCCCGCUGACUACGACGGACAUGGGCAGCGGUCAUUUCGCGGGAGAGGGCUACGCAAAGGCGGCGUAUAUUCGCAAUAUUCUCAUUACGGGCGCGGACGAUCGUGAUGGCGAUUAUGAUGGCAGCAAGGGGGUGAUUGUCAGCGACAGCAACCGCUACUCGAUUGACACGCACUUUCGAUCGGGCACUACUUGGGGCAGCUACUUUUAUCUCGGCGGUCCUGGCGCUGGUGGUGUUAUUGGUGGUUGA